UGACUUCACUCUCUCACCCAAAAUUAGACCGUUACACAAAAGCACUUAUUUUCACUUUACACGAACAAAACACACUCUCAAAAACCUUAACUUUCACAAUUUCAACAUUUGAUCAUAAAAAAACCAAACAUCAUGUCAAAAACAAACCCAAUUCUUGAACCUCUACUUCAUGUCCUUGAUCCAAUUCCAUUGAUCCUUAACCAAAAUUCAAAUUCAAACCAACCUUGUCCUCUUAGACUUUCUUCUUUAGAAGAUAGUUUUGUUAUGGAGAGAGGGAGGAAUUACAAUGCUUAUGCUGAAUUGAGGGAAAAGAGGUUGCAGUUAAGGUGUUUGAUGAAUGUUCAAGAUGAGAGUUUUGAGAUUGAAAGUGAAAAACUUGUUGACCCAGAAAGGAAUUUGGUUGAGUUUGAUGGUGAUUUAGGUUAUGGGAGAAAUGGGUUGUUGGAAAAAGAAGAAUUUUUUGAGAUUGAAUCAGAGAAAGUUUUGGCCCCAUCAAGGAAAAAUGUUAACUUUGAAGGUGGAUUUGGUUAUGAGAGAAAAGGAUCAUUGGAAAAUGAUGAGAGUUUUGAGAUUGAAUUUCAGAAACUUGUUUCUUGUGGGAGAAAUGGGUCUUUGGAAAAAGAAGAAUUUUUUGAGAUGGAACCACCAAAAUUUGCAGCCAGAACAAAGAAAGAGGCUAAGUUUGAAGGUGAUUUGGGUUAUGGGAGAAAAGGGUCAUUGGAAAAAGACGAAAAUUUUGAUAUGGAACUGCAAAAACUUGUAGACUCAGCAAAGAAAAAAGUUAACUUUCAAGGUGGUUUUGCUUAUGGGAGAAAAGGGUUGGUGGAACAAGAUGAAUAUUUUGAGAUUGAAGCACAAAAAUUUGCAACCAAAACAAGGAAAGAGGUUGAUUUUCAUGGUGGAUUUGCUUAUGGGAGAAAAGGGUCACUGGAACAAGAAGAAAAUUUGGUGAUUGAACCACAUAAAUUUGUAGCCUCAACAAGGAAAGAGGUUAGGUUUCAAGGUGGAUUUUCUUAUGGGAGAAAAGGUUCUAUGGAACAAGAAUAUUUUGAGAUUGAACCACAAAAACUUGCAACCAAAGCAAGAAAAGAUGUUAAGUUUCAAGGUGGAUUGGUUAGUGGCAGAAAAGGGUCUUCUGUUGUUGGUCAAUCUGUGCCUGAUUUUUCUGCUGUAUUGAGGAAAGAGAAUAGGAAGCCAUUGAAUUAUUUGCCUGCAGUGAUGGAGAUAAUGACACCACCUUCCAAGAGUAGUUUUUCUAAGGAUAAUGAUAGAAUGAUGUCAAACUCAAGAGGGAGUAAGUCAGAGAGUGCAGGGGAGAAGAAUAAGAAGAAAACGGUUGGCGGUGGCGGUGUUUUGAUGGGAAGGAAGAGUUAUGCUUGCAUUGAUGAGCUUAGGAGUUUGUCUUCUGCUACUGCUACUGCCAUCAAUGGUGAAGGAAGAGCAGGAAGGAACAGUAGAGUUUUGAGGAAGUCUGUUUCAGCACACAGACAGUUUUGAAUGCUAGGUUCCUUAAAGUUUCAAUAUUUUUUUCAUUGUUUGUUGAAUUUGUUGAUUUGAGAGGCUGUGUUGAUUGUUCUGAUAUUUCUCUUUUGUUUUUCGAUAUUCAUUCUGUUGGAUCUUUGAAUUGCUUUUGAUGGUUUUACAGUAUCGUAUUCUGUAAAGAUUUGAUGUAAGUACGAGUGUUAAUUGCUAUACCACAAAUAUUAUAGGAAAAAUACAUAGUUAUCA